AUGUGCAGAUCAUGGAGCAGACAAUUUUCCGUCGUGGAGGUCCCUGACCAAUCGAUCUUGCUUCACUCCCAGGCACUUUCUUGCAUAAUUGCGGCCCCGAGAAGCAAAAACAGCCGCACCUGUGCAGAUCAUGGAGCAGGCAAUUUUCCGUCAUGGAGCCCCGAGAAGCGAAAACAACCGCACAUCUACAGUUCAUGGAGCAGGCAAUUUUCCGUCGUGGAGGUCCCUGACCAAUUGCUCUCGCUUCACUCCCAGGCACUUUCCAGCAUAAUUGCGGAGGUCCCUGACCAAUCGAUCUCGCUUCACUCCCAGGCACUUUCCAGCAUAAUUGCAGCCGCGAGAAGCGAAAACAGCCGCACCUGUGCAGAUCAUGGAGCAGACAAUUUUCCGUCGUGGAGCCCCGAGAAGCAAAAACAGCCGCACCUGUGCAGAUCAUGGAGUAGGCAAUUUUCCGUCGUGGAGGUCCCUGACCAAUCGCUCUCACUUCACUCCCAGGCAGUUUCCAGCAUAAUUUCGGCCCCGAGAAGCGAAAACAACCGCACCUGCACAGAUCAUGGAGCAGGCAAUUUUCCGUCGUGGAGCCCCGAGAAGCAAAAACAGCCGCACCUGUGCAGAUCAUGGAGCAGACAAUUUUCCGUCGUGGAGGUCUCUGACCAAUCGCUCUCGCUUCACUCCCACGCACUUUCCAGCAUAAUUGCGGCCGCGAGAAGCGAAAACAACCGCACAUGUGCAGAUCAUGGAGCAGGCAAUUUUCCGUCGUGGAGCCCCGAGAAGCGAAAACAGCUGCACCUGUGCAGAUCAUGGAGCAGGCAAUUUUCCGUUGUGGAGGUCCCUGACCAAUCGAUCUUGCUUCACUCCCAGGCACUUUCUAGCAUAAUUGCAGCCCCGAGAAGCAAAAACAGCCGCACAUGUGCAGAUCAUGGAGCAGGCAAUUUUCCGUCGUGGAGCCGCGAGAAGCGAAAACAACCGCACCUGUGCAGAUCAUGGAGCAGGCAAUUUUCCGUCAUGGAGGUCCCUGACCAAUCGAUCUCGCUUCACUCCCAGGCACUUUCUAGCAUAAUUGCGGCCCCGAGAAGCGAAAACAGCCGCACCUGUGCAGAUCAUGGAGCAGGCAAUUUUCUGUCGUGGAGGUCCCUGACCAAUCGAUCUCGCUUCACUCCCAGCCCCGAGAAGCGAAAACAGCCGCACUUGUGCAGAUCAUGGAGCAGGCAAUUUUCCGUCGUGGAGGUCACUGACCAAUCGAUCUUGCUUAACUCCCAGGCACUUUCCAGCAUAAUUGCGGCCCCGAGAAGCGAAAACAACCGCACCUGUGCAGAUCAUGGAGCAGACAAUUUUCCGUCGUGGAGCCCCGAGAAGCGAAAACAGCCGCACAUGUGCAGAUCAUGGAGCAGGCAAUUUUCCGUCGUGGAGGUCCCUGACCAAUUGCUCUCGCUUCACUCCCAGGCACUUUCCAGCAUAAUUGCGGGCACUUUCCAGCAUAAUUAUAGCCGCGAGAAGCGAAAACAGCCGCACCUCUGCAGAUCAUGGAGCAGGCAAUUUUCCGUCGUGGAGGUCCCUGACCAAUCAAUCUCGCUUCACUCCCAGGCACUUUCGAGCAUAAUUGCAGGUCGCCCCGAGAAGCGAAAACAGCUGCACAUGUGCAGAUCAUGGAGCAGACAAUUUUCCGUCGUGGAGGUCCCUGACCAAUCGAUCUCGCUUCACUCCCAAGCACUUUCCAGCAUAAUUGCGGCCCCGAGAAGCGAAAACAACCGCACCUGCACAGAUCAUGGAGCAGGCAAUUUUCCGUCGUGGAGCCCCGAGAAGCAAAAACAGCCGCACCUGUGCAGAUUAUGGAGCAGGCAAUUUUCGGUCAUGGAGAUCCCUGACCAAUCGCUCUCGCUUCACUCCCACGCACUUUCCAGCAUAAUUGUGGCCCCGAGAAGCGAAAACAGCCGCACAUGUGCAGAUCAUGGAGCAGGCAAUUUUCCGUCGUGGAGCCCCAAGAAGCGAAAACAACCGCACCUGUGCAGAUCAUGGAGCAGGCAAUUUUCCGUCGUGGAGGUCCCUGACCAAUCGAUCUUGCUUCACUCCCAGGCACUUUCCAGCAUAAUUACAGCCGCACAUGUGCAGAUCAUGGAGCAGGCAAUUUUCCGUCGUGGAGUCCCUGACCAAUCGCUCUCGCUUCAGUCCCAGGCACUUUUAAGCAUAAUUGCGGCCCCGAGAAGCGAAAACAACCGCACCUGUGCAGAUCAUGGAGCAGACAAUUUUCCGUCGUGGAGGUCCCUGACCAAUCGAUCUCGCUUCACUCCCAAGCAAUUUCCAGCAUAA